AUGGCAACUAAAAUUUCCACAGAAAUAUUAAUUAUGAUUUUAAGAAAUGUUCAAUCAUCUCGUUCAACUCAAGAUUUAUAUUCAUCAUUAUUAGUCAAUCGAAUCUGGUGUAAAGUUACUAUACCUAUACUUUGGGAAUUAACUUUUGGUCAAGAAUAUUUUAGUAAUGAGGUGAAAAAGAAAUCAUUAUAUAUUCGAACUUAUAUUUCAUGCAUGGAUAUUCAAGCUAGAACUUUACUUACUCAAAAUGAAUUUGAUCUAUCAUCAUCACCACCUCAAGCCACUUUUGAUUAUCCAUCAUUCACUCAUAAAUUUGUAAUUAAUGAUUUAGAUAAUUUUGUUUCCACAUAUUCACGACAAAUUAUUGGUUCGGAUCAAGAUAAUAGCAAUAAAGAUGAUGGCGAUAAUGUUUUCUCUAAAUCGAGAAUAUUAUUUCAUGAGAUGUGUAAAUUAAUAAUAAAUCGUUGCACAUUUUUGGAUUAUUUUAAAGUGGGAUUUCCCAAAAAAUUUUCUAGAAAUUAUGGUGAUUUAAUUGGUUCAAUUCUCGAUUUACCUGAUGCCCCAAAAAUUCACAUGAUCAAAUGCCAUUUUUCGCAAAAUUUAUUAGUGUUCAAAAAACGUUUAGAAAAUCUAUCAAUUGAAGCUCGUCAUAUAGAUUGUGAUUCAUUAUUAGUAUGGGCUAUCAUUAGUCAAAAAGAAACAUUAAAGAGGAAAUUAUCACCAAUCGGACAAUUUACUUCACUUCAAAAACUUUAUAUUAAGUAUUUUUGUGGAUUGGAUAGAUCAAAUUGUUUAUCUUUGGCUUCAUCAUUUACUCAAUUAAGUAGUUUUCAUUAUUUUCAAUCGAGUCAUGGUCCUGAACAAGUAAUAGCAAUAUUUAAUAAUAAUUUUAAUGAAUUAAAAAAAUUUUCAUUUGAUUGUGGAGAGGAAGGAUUUGAUGCUAAUGGAUUAUUAUGGUGUGGUCGUAAAAUAGGGGGAAAUAAAAAGAUUAUUGUAAAACGUACAGAACAAGAGCGACUAUUUACAUUAAGUAAUGAGUAUUUUAAAGUUAUUGAAGAAUGCGGA